UCUUUGUCGGUGUGAAAUGAAUUCGUUUGCCUAAUCCAUUGUGUUUUUUAUACAUGAACACACAACUACGGAAGCCUGAUUGCUGAUAUCGUUUCAACGUAGAGGACGCGUAUGUUCGCAGUGACAGAAAAUAUACAAUUAAGAAACCGGCUAAAUAAGACGGAGACAAAAAUGCAAUAUUGGCAAGCAGUGUUAAUGCUACUGUUCGUAACAUGUUAUUGUUCCACCAUUGGGUUGGAACUUGACAGUAACGUAACAAACACUUGCAAGGUAACUUUAAACAAGACCAGCGCGUUGUUUCUAGCAAAGUCAUUCGCCGCAUUCCAGCCUAACUUUGCACGGCUACAACUAUUUUUCAACAACAAAAAUGUCAACUACACAUCGGAUGUCAUAUUGCCGUUUUACUGGGUUUGGACGUUCAAUAGCUUAGAAGGAUUAUUCACAUACUUACAAUGGCCUCUGGAUUACCCAGUCCUCUCACUUGGAUUGUUGGACGCGAAGACUUUGCCGGCGAAUCAUUUUCUGGUUCUGGAGGUUGAAGACGACAAUGACUGUAGUUUAACAAUAGGUGAACCAGAAUCAACAAAGAGCAUUGCUGAAGCUCUCAAACACUUCACGCACACAUACAUUGAGCCAAAUAGAAACGAUAAAUUUGUGGACUAUUCAUAUUGGUGCUAUAGGGCGGAUAUACCGGGUAUUGCUCACACCAGAGCUUACCAACUGCGAGUUUAUACGGGAUAUCCAAUUCAGAUUACAAAAUAUGUCUGCUGCCACACUGAGCACAACUUGAUUAAUGCGAGCGACAAUUUCGUUAAGUGCGAUGGGAAAGAAUACGUUCAGAAUCUAGAAAGUUCGGUUUUUCCAUAUAUGCUAGGUGUGCUUGCAUUCAUUUACUUUCCAAUGGCUUUUAUGAAGGCAAGUGGUGCCUUGAUAGCAAUAUCGACGCCAAUGGGUCAUCAAGACGGACAUUUAGAUGGUGAUGAACUCGAUCUUAUUGGAUCACCAGCGCAGGAGGAGUACGUCUAUCUCGACGGUUCGGUGCCAAUUUCAUUCACAAGUUUAGUUGGCGGAAUGUUCGGUUUGUGGAAAACUCACCCCGUUUUAGUAUCGAGAUUCAGGCGGAUUGUAUUUGUUUGUUUACUUCCUUGCUUGAUAUACAUUCGCCUCUUCUUGUAUCAUAAAUAUCUCGACAAAGAGGUAACGGCUCUUUUUGAAGCAUAACUGUCCUAUUGGGUAUAUAUCUAUGUUAGGGGGAUUUCAGAAAAGUAGAGAGGUGUUUCUUCCGGCCCUUGGAGGUCCAUUCAUACUUCUGUUGUCAUAUUAUAUUUCGAGCCUUUUCUUUAUUAUUUUGCCAUCAGAUUGCAAUCAGAUAAUAGAAAAAGGUGUACCCCAAGAAAACCAUACUUGGGACAAGUCGCUUCUAUGUUUUAAUGUUGUAACUAUUGACAAAUAUUCCCAUACCCUCAUCAGUAACAAAGUUGGGUACAUGAAAGCUUAUGCUUUUAGCUCUGGGUCAAUAUCGAUGCUUACUAAUCCAUCAUAUUGGAGUUAUGUUGUAAAGCUUCAGAUGAACAGACUGAAAGCUAUAUAUAAUCUUUUCUGCAAGAAGAGGAUCGGAUUUUUGCUCUUUAUCGUUGUGCCAUGUUUCAUUGUGUUUGCAAUUGUAGAAAUAACACUUUCCGUUGUGUUUUACGGUUUUCCGGUAAUCAACUGGAUGUACAUCGUUAUGCGAGGUUACACAAAAACACUUGUUGAGAUGUUCCGUACACAAAAAGUGCUUUCCAAAGUUGGACAUUUUACAUUAUUGAAAUUAAUAUUUAGUUUUUUAAUUGGGAUUGUUUUUGCAUAUUUUGUUUUCAGCGUAUGCUCAAUUUUUAUCGAUUCCUUCGUGUUCCUGUCAGAAGUUUUAAUUUUCAGUUUCCUCGCUGUAUUGGUUUACCCGUCUUUUUCGUUCGGAUAUUUAUUCUUCGGUAUAGUGUUGAUCUACUAUGUUUUUAAAAUGAUCGCCGGAUUUGGGAAAGACUAUGCUGAGUUUUUGGCUGAUAUAGUAGAUGCAUGCAAAGAACUGGACAAUGACCCGUUUGGGGUUCAAAUGGUUGGCGAUACAAUAAUGGUUUCCGAUAACCGGUUCAACAAUGUCAAGAAACUACAAUGCAACGACAUGACUAUAGAACUGACCACGCAACAACGAAAUGCCAUACGUUGUUCCACCAAACGCAAGGCAACUUGGUUGCAUUAUAAGAAUCACGCCGUUGGAGUUUCUAAGGCUUUGUUUAUGAAGCUUGUCGAUGUCCAUCGUCCAAUUCAUAUCAAAAUUGCGCAAGGAAUCUUAAAACUUGGACUUAUAGUUAUUUUAAUUUUAUUCACUGCUAGUGUCCUCAGGCAGAAGCCGCACACAGUUAUCAAAGGUGUAUCUGAAGUGAUGCAUGUUGUGUUCGUAUUGGUCAUCGGUGCUUUGCCAAAGAUACUGGAAAUAGCGAUUGAACACGCGGAUCACUCAGUCCAGAAAGAGAUUCUUCUGAGGAAACUUAAGGUCGAUAUUAUCAGAUACAUUGACUCAGAUGCAGAAUUGGUUAACGUUGAACAUUGAAAUGUUGAUAUGAUAUGUAUAUUACCAAAAUUUUGUAAUGUGACUUAUAACUCAAAUAUGUUUACUACUUUAUGUUUGUGAUUUAACGCUUCAUACGAAAGCUCGUGCACACAUUUAUAACAAUAUUUAGCAAUGUGUAUUAAACGCUUUUGAAAUCAAAUGCUAAUUUUGCGCUUUAAAUAUAUAUAUAUUGUAAUGUUCAAGAAUGUUUUGAUUUGUUCCCUUUAAACAUGGAGCUAAUUACUCACAUACAAAUGUAUUGCAGAAGCGCGACAGCGAUUUAAUAGUAAAAGUAGUGAAUAUUAUCUCAGACAAAUUAUGCCAUAUUUUCAUGCGUUUUGUGCACUAUUGCUACCGGUUUACUUUUGUGUACAGUUAAAAUAUAAUAAAUAACGCAGAUUCCGAUUUCAUUAUUUCGUAAUUACCUUGUCGACGACAGUAAUCCAACGGUACAUAGGAGUUCUUGAAGAUGCUUAAUGGCAAUAAAAAAUAAUAAAAGAUUCAUUAUAAUUGUAUUGGACCCUUUACAACUACUGAAAUAAGGCACAUAGCGUGUGAUAUAAGAUUAUAUACGAAAAUAUGUAUAACGAAGCAUGAAAAGCCGAGGUAUUAUAGUUUAUGCGGUAAUAAGGUUAUGCUGUCAGUUAUAGGGAUACAGGUACGGUUGAGUGUGGUAUCUUUUAAAAUUAAUCGGAAGCGUGCUCCGUUUGUGAAGUGUGCUUCAUCCAUAUCCUUAUGUUUAUCUAAAAAAUAAUUUGACAUGAACGUGUUGUAAUUCCCAUUUUUUCCAUAUUCAUUUUGUCAGUUUUUUUACUAUCUGAAGAUUUAUGUACCGUUGCAUUUUGUUUAUUUUGUUCGUUCCAUAGCCCCGCUCUAACUUGAGCAUGUAUAUAUCCUAAUCAGAUCAUGUUUGAAAGGAACAGCAAUUUCUUACAAUUAAAACAAUUUUGUUAA